AGAUCCCCUCCCACCUUCCUCACGCCCAACUCUCUCUUUCUUUCUCUCUCAAGAAUCUCAGGAGAGAGAGAAAGGAAACGGUGCUGCAGAGUUCACUAUAUUUACCCAGUACCUGCACUAUCUACUGUACAGUAAUGCUGCAGCAUUAUAAUUGAAGCAUCACUUAACUCCUCUGGUUUUUGGAGAGCUUCAAUGGCAGCUCAAAGCAAAAUCCAUUUCUUGUUCUUGUGCUUAUUGUUUCUUUCUUUAUUCUGGUUCAUCCCCAUUGGUGGUUUGACUAAAGAACAAGAACUAGAUCGAAUCUCAGCUCUUCCUGGCCAACCACCUGUCUCAUUUUCACAGUUUUCUGGUUAUGUUACUGUCAAUGAGAAACACGGGCGUGCAUUGUUCUACUGGUUCACAGAAGCUACUUCACUUCCCCAUGAGAAGCCUCUUGUUCUUUGGCUCAAUGGAGGUCCAGGUUGUUCCUCAGUGGCAUAUGGAGCUUCAGAAGAAAUUGGACCAUUUCGGAUUAACAGAACUGCUUCAUCUCUUUAUCUUAGUAACUUUUCAUGGAACUCAGAAGCAAAUAUUCUGUUCUUGGAGUCACCUGCUGGUGUGGGAUUCUCAUACACAAAUACAAGCUCUGAUUUGAAAGAUUCUGGUGAUAAAAGAACAGCUGAGGAUGCUCUAGUUUUUCUCAUCAGAUGGUUUUCAAGAUUUCCUCAAUACAAAUUUAGAGAUUUCUACAUUGCUGGAGAAAGUUAUGCAGGUCAUUAUGUUCCUCAAUUGGCAAAGAAAAUCCAUGAUUAUAAUAAAGGGCAUCCACAUCCCAUCAUCAAUCUCAAAGGAUUCAUUGUGGGAAAUGCUGUGACAGACAACUACCGUGAUAGUAUUGGAACAGUUACAUACUGGUGGAGCCAUUCAAUGAUAUCAGACAGGACAUACAGAUCAAUUCUUAAAAACUGCAACUUCAAAGAAGAUAACAAAACAUCAAAAAGAUGUGAUGAUUCAGUGAAUUAUGCCAUAAACCAUGAAUUUGGCUAUAUUGAUCAAUACAGCAUUUAUACACCAGCUUGUAUACAGCUGAAAAAUGUUACUACUGCUGUAAGGUCUUUAAGACUCAGAAAUAGCCUUUUGCAAAGAAGGGUUUUUGGUUAUGAUCCUUGCAGUGAGAAUUAUGCAGAGAAAUACUUUAACAGACCUGAUGUGCAGAAGGCUAUGCAUGCAAAUGUUACAGGAAUUCCUUACAAAUGGACCGCUUGCAGUGAUGAGCUGAUCAAGAACUGGAAGGAUUCUGAAUCAACCAUGCUACCUAUAUACAAGGAGCUAAUUACAGCUGGGUUAAGAAUCUGGGUUUUCAGUGGUGACACAGACUCGGUGGUUCCUGUGACUGCCACCAGAUUUUCCCUGAGCCACCUCAACCUCACCGUCAAAACUCGGUGGUAUCCUUGGUACUCGGACAACCAGGUUGGAGGAUGGUCAGAAGUUUACGAUGGGCUAACCUUUGCAACAGUCAGAGGAGCUGGCCAUGAAGUACCAUUAUUUCAACCAAGGAGAGCUUUCACUCUUUUCAAAUCAUUCUUGGCAGAGAAAGAAUUGCCAAAAUAUUGACAAUGCCAUAUCAUUCAUUAUUCAGAAGCAAUCAUGAAACAACAAAAACAUUUGAAAGUUAAUUGGUCUUUGAUACAACAAGGUUUCUGGAGCAAUCCCUAAACCCAUGCCCCUACCAUAAGAAUGAUGGGUGAAGCAAUUCAUUCAAAGUAUAAUCCAUAUUUCUAAGACAAUUUGUUUUUCAAUUCUAAUUCAUUGAAGACAAACCCACCUGCUAAUGUUUCAUAACAUCUGUAUUCUGUAGAAUCUAUAAUGCAAGAACACUAGCAGUCGGAGGUUUCCCAGAGAAACAAAAUGGAAAACUUCUUUCCAUCUUCA